AUGGAAGACAUAACUGCACUGCAGGAAACUCCUUCAUGUUUAUCUCUUCCUUCUCAAUUUCCCAUUAUGUCCACAAGUCGUGUGACAAAUCAGACAUCAGCUUCACACUACAGCGAUGACAGCGGAAAUUCCACACUGCUUUCCAGUAAUUUAGUACAAGAGGACCUUCAAACCUGCUUGGCGGAUCAGGCUCUAAGCAGCAGUUGGGUGGAAGCAACGCCACAACUUCAAAUUUGGAGUCACGGAAAAAGGAGUCACAUCGCUUCUUAA